AUGGUCAAGCAAUCAGAAGGGUCUGGUACACAAAGUAUCCUACAAAAAUCGACCGAAGGGGUCACUUUACUGAUGUUCACGCAAUUGUUUGGAAAAGUCGUCACAUUUUUGCUGAAUACGCUUCUAGUGCGAUACUUGUCCCCCAAAGUUUUCGGGAUCAACGCAUUUCUAGAGUUUCUGCUCUCAACCACACUGUUUUUCAGUCGAGAAGCUGUUAGAUUAUCAGCUCUGAGAAUCAAAUCACCCGCAUCUUUGCAUGCUAACGCAUCGGAUGACGAUGCGCAACCUGAAGACGCAGACAAGGCAGUUUUGCAAACAGCCAUCAACUUCGCUUACAUUUCCAUGCUAAUUGGACUUCCCCUCUCGCUUGUACUGAUCGGGUGGCAAUACAGUAACUUGAAUGAGUACUUUGUUUCGCUGCCGUAUUUCAAGCUGGCCAUUGUGAUCAUAUGGUUAAGUAUACUGCUGGAACUCUGCAGCGAACCGUUUUUCAUCGUGAACCAGCUUAUGCUGAACUACAAAGUAAGAAGUCGAUUCGAGAGCGCAGGUGUCUUGGCAGCAUGUGUCGCUAAUUUCGCCAUAGUGUACGUUUACGAAAAUAAAAUCAACGGAUCCGGAGCUACAUUGCACGAAACCACAAAGCAAGAGGGAAUUGCAAUUUUUGCCUUCGCCGUCAGCAAGCUGGCACAUUCCACUGUGCUGCUGUGUGGCUACAGCUACGACUAUUUCACGCGUCUCUCAAAGGAAAACAAAUUUCGCGUAUGGCCCACCAAGAUCCAAUUGUCAAGCAAGACUCAGCCUUUCUAUUUCCAAAACGACAUUUUGCAACAUUUCAGAAAAGUUUAUUUGCAGCUGUGCUUCAAGCAUUUGCUCACAGAAGGUGACAAACUUAUAAUCAAUUCUAUGUGCACUGUUGAGGAGCAAGGAAUCUAUUCCUUGCUUUCGAACUACGGUUCACUGCUCACCAGAUUAAUCUUUGCCCCUAUCGAAGAAUCACUAAGACUUUUCUUGGCGCGUUUAUUGUCGGUAACUACAUCGAAAAAUGUGAAGCUUUCGAUGGAGGUUCUCGUGAACUUGACGAAAUUCUACCUAUAUUUGUCGCUUCUCAUAGUCGUCUUUGGACCCGUCAACUCUCCAUUUCUACUGCAGUUUCUCAUCGGUAGCAAGUGGUCCAGUACCAGUGUCUUGGACACCAUCCGGAUUUACUGUCUGUAUCUGCCGUUCCUUUCCAUCAACGGUAUAUUCGAAGCUUUCUUCCAAAGUGUUGCUACAGGGGAAGACAUUUUAAGGCACUCCUACUUCAUGAUGGGCUUUUCAUGUGUAUUUCUCGCCAGCUGCUGGGUGUCGAUCGGUCAAUACAAGAUGUCGUUAGAAGGCCUGAUCGUCAGUAAUAUUAUGAACAUGAUUUUAAGAAUCGCAUUUUGCGGGUGGUUUAUCGGAAGCUUCUACAAAAAUCUGCAUGCAGAUUCCAACAUGCACAAUUCGUCCUUUCUACUGAAUUUCCGUAACUUCAAAAUUGUUUCCAUCGUGGCAGGCCUCAUUGCAUGUUGUAACUUUUGCAUCUUCGGUGUGGUCGAAAACUUCCAGCAGUUCUUCCUGAAUCUCGCAAUGGCCCUAAUACUGCUUGCAUUGAUCAUCUACAAAGAAAAAGAUAGCUUGAAGGCUUAUCUGAUGCAAAACAAGAACGACACUAAAGAUGUUUAG